CCUGCGGGUCCCCGGGGUCGGGACUCUCGCCGCAGCCACCGCCAUGGCCGGGCGUGUCCGCGGCUCCGCGCGCGCGCUGCUCGCCGCCCUGCUGGCGCCGGCGCUGGUGGCGCUGCUGGUGACGCCGGCGCGGGGCCGGGGCGGCCGGGACCACGGGGACUGGGACGCCGCCGCGCUGCUGCCGCCGCUGCCGCCCCGCGAGGACGCGGCGCUCGUGGCCCGCUUCGUGGCGCACGUCUGCGACUGGGGCGCGCUGGCCACCGUCGCCACGGAGGAGGCGGUGCGCGGCUGGCCCUUCGCCGACGUCCUCUCGCUCAGCGACGGGCCCCCGGGCGCGGGCAGCGGCGUGCCCUACUUGUACCUGAGCCCGCUGCAGCAGGCCGUGAGCCACCUGCAGGAGAAUCCGCAUGCUACGCUGACCAUGUCUUUGGCACAGACUGACUUCUGCAGGAAACAUGGAUAUGAUCCCCAGAGUCCCCUCUGUGCUCACAUAAUACUGGCAGGAACUGUUACCAAGGUGAAUGAAACAGAAGUGGACUUUGCAAAGCGUUCAUUAUUCAUUCGACACCCUGAGAUGAAAACCUGGCCUUCCAGCCAUAAUUGGUUCUUCGCUAAGUUGAAUAUAACCAAUAUCUGGGUCCUGGACUUCUUUGGGGGACCAAAAAUAGUGACGCCUGAAGAAUAUUACAACGUCACAUUUCAGUGAAGCAGAAUAUGGAGAAUUUAGCCACAUGUGUGAGGUUGCUUGGGGUGGCUCAUCAGACUUGAAGGGCUUAAUGUUUCUCUCUGGAAGGAUCCUGCAAGAUUAGCCACUUGUCUUUCACAUGCUGGUUUGUUUGCUUGCUUGCUUCUUUACAGGAAUAAGUGGCCCUGUCACUGGAUUUCUUGAAAGAUGUGGUUGCUAGAUAUUUUUUUUUCAUAUUUUGAAGCCAUUUUCUUAGAGACAUGUCUUAUUAUGAUCAAAGAAAUUCUGUCUCAUCGAUUCUGAAUAGUUUCCCAGCGGUGCUCCUUGAAGAGGGGCAGGCCCCAGGCUGGACUGCCCGCUGGCAUUUGAAGGUGCUUGAGGGUGUGUAUGGGUCCCUGGAAGCCACUGUCCUGGGGGAGGGCGUCGCUCACCCCGGCUGCCCUGAGCCUGCAAAGGGGCGGGCUCCUGUUGUAAGUGCCCGAAUAAAUCUUGCCAAGACAUGAAACCCAAAUGGGGCUGCCUACUUGUGGCCCAUUUACAUCUGACAGUCCUGGGUAUUGUUGAUCCAACACAGGGCAAAACUAUUAAAGAACUUUGUUUCUGUUUUUAAGUUUUCAAAUCUGGGGCAAUAAUUACCUAGAAUAAAAAAAGUUCAUAAAACUUUUCCUGAAUUUGA